CCUGUCGGCGCUCUUACAAAAUGGCCGCCUGAAGACGUUUCCCGCCCUCUUCGUGUUGCCGGGUGGAAUGUGCUUGUGAGGGGACAGAGAACAGCGAACAGACAGAGCCCGAACGGAAAGUCGUGUGUGGUGGUCGGAAAGUGACGAAGCCUCACUCGUGUCUACCGGAGUGCAGGCAAAAUGGCAAAGAGAUUGGCAGACAAGGAGCUGACAGACCGAAACUGGGAUCAGGAGGAAGAGUCUGAGGAUCAUUUGUACAAAAGGGGCACAAUUAACACAUUUGACAUUAUUCGGCCGUCUUUCUGUACGUGUGUCUCGUCUCUCAUCCGUGUAAUAAUCUCACAGGCGGGAACGUUCUCUGUUGCCAGCCAAGAUGUUUUGAAGAGCAGAGAAAUUAAGAAGGCAAAGAGGAGGAAUGUAGGAAGUGAGUCCGAGGUCAGUGGAGCUUUUAAAGGGUUUAAAGGUUUGUUCCCAACAUCUGGAGCAAGUUUUGGUGGAUUUGGAAGCGACUCUGCAGCAAAACCGCUUCAAGGUUUGACCAACGGAAGUCGCACAACUUCCUUGUUCACCUCAAAGCCUGCUGGUGAAAGCAAACAGUCUUUUGGGUCUGUCUUUACAAACGGUCCAACGUCUUCAACCACUGAUGGAACUUUUAGCACCGCCAAAACCAACGGAGAGAAACCUUCGCCUACCUCUGGUUCUGGUCCAAAUAGGUCGGUCAGCUCAAGUGACUACAACAAACAGUUAGCAUCCCUGAACUGCUCUGUCCGUGACUGGAUUGUGAAACAUGUCAAUGCAAAUCCACUGUGUGAUCUGACUCCAAUCUUUAAAGACUAUGAUAAACAUUUAUCCACCAUUGAGCAGAAGUAUGGAGUAAGUACAGAUAGCGGAUCUGAGAGUGACUGCUCCAAGGGAACUCCAACCAUUCCUUCAUUUCUCCCCUCAAAACUGGAGACCAAGCAGUCUUUUUCUUUCACUUGCAAAGAGAGUAAAUCUGAACAGCCAGCUCAGUCCUCUCCAGAGAAGAAGUCUCCGCCAGCUUCCCUCUUCUCAUUUGGUCAGAAGACAGACACAAGUAGUUUUGGUUCAUUCAGCUCUGGGACAGCAGCUGGAUUCUCUUUCACAGCGGGGGCUGCUGGUCUCUUUGGUAAAGAUUCGACUAAGAACAACAUCGGGCCAUCUUCGUUUUCUGUUCAGUCAGUGUCCACCAACAAGACUGAAGAAUCAGGAGGAGGCGCUGAUGAGGAGGAAGAGCCACCAAAAGUAGUUAUUCAAGAAGUAAAAGAAGAUGAUGCCUUCUAUUCCAAAAAGUGCAAACUGUUCUACAAAAAAGAUAAUGAAUUUAAGGAGAAAGGGGUCGGCACCCUUCAUUUAAAAACGUUAGGCGAUCAAAAGACUCAGCUCCUGGUCCGUGCUGAUACCAACCUAGGCAACAUCUUGUUGAACAUUUUGGUCCAGCCAUCUAUGCCGUGUUCAAGAACAGGGAAGAACAAUGUGAUGAUCGUAUGUGUUCCUAACCCUCCCAUCGCUGAGGAAAAUCCAACUGCUCCGGUCACCAUGUUGAUCAGAGUAAAAACCACAGAGGACGCGGACAAGCUGCACAAAAUUAUUUUGGAGAAAAAGGGGGCUUAAUACUCAGAUGCCUUCAUGGGAUUUUUCUUUUUGCCAAGUUGCUGCUCAUUUAUCAAACUCAAGGGUUGCCAUUCGUCGAUUAAUGAUCUUUUGACCCACGUAUCUUCUCACUGCAAAAAGAUUGUUUUCGUAAGGUUUUUUUUGUUUUUGUCAGGAAAGAUUCGGAUGGUAAUAAAGCUUUAAGGGAAACAGUGUUUGUAUGUACAAUGUCAAAGGAAUGCCUGGUGUCAAUGUGAAUGGCUAGAUUAUCACAGGCUAGGCCUGAGGAGGAGGAGAAACAAAAUACCAGUCAAGAACUUAACGUGCGUUCUUCUGCUCCAUGUCCUUCUUUCUGCUUCUCUUUCAACUCAAGUUUUCUUUUUCUCCUGACAGUGGGCAGUUGAUUCUUCUGUAUUAUGUCUAUUUUGAAAUGAUCUUCUGAAGUGUGUCCCCUCCAGAACAGCACCAGUGUCUUAAAGGGAUUUUCCAAUCUUCUAAAGUGAUGGCAUGUAGCUAGGAUGUCAUUUUAUGAUUGGUGGGGGUCUGACCUCUUGGUCCUCCACUAAUCCCAAGAAGGAAGGGUCCUCUGACCAUGAGCUGUGUAGGGGUCUGCAGUGGGCCCCAUUAGAGUAAAUGGUGUUGGUGGAACUUUUGGAAUUGCACUUCUGACUUGAAUGCA